AAACUGCUAUCGAUAUUUUGAAAUAUCAUCCCAUCUUUUUAUUUGAAUCCUAUACUAUCAACACAUCAGUAACAAAAAUUUGUUUAAUUAGCUUUUUACUUUGUGAUAUUCAUUCCUAUCGUCUUUCUUGGAUCGUGAUUACGAUAUCAUUCAAUUUGGACUUACUGAUACUAUUAUUAUGCCUAAAAUAAGGAGUAAAGUAUGGGAGCAUUUCCAAAAAGACGAGAAACAUGGAAAAGCUUACUGCCGAUAUUGUUCAUCUACUUUGGUUAUCAACAAUCCAUCCAAUUUGAAUAAACAUUUAAGAUCCAAACAUCCUGUAAUUUAUGCUGCUAAAAAAGCUGAUGUUUCUUUGGGAGAACCAGCCCAGGUAGUUACAAUAACUCAACCAGGCGCUUCUGCAAAUGCUACACCACAGAAGACUCCUGAGACUAGAAAGAUUGGAAAUAGCCAAGAGAAUAUUGUACGCUCAAUUUUAAAAUUCAUCGCUAAAGACAAUAUACCAGUUAAUAUCGUUAAUGGUGAUGGUUUUAGUGAUUUGAUCAAAGAUUUGGUUCCAUGUUAUACGCCGAUAACCAGUAAAUUAGCCAGGAACAAGCUCGACCAUUAUUAUGAUAUAUUAUUUCACAAGAAAAAAGCUGAACUUUCUAAAAUUGAGUACAUUAGUUUGACCGCGGAUAACUGGUUGGAAACUACUACCGCCACAAAUUACUUAAAUGUAACAGCUCAUUAUAUAGGAAAUGAUGGACGUACAAAAUCUGUUUUGAUCUCUUGUAGACCUUUUGAUGAAAAUCAAUCAGCUCAAAAUAUCAAGUCAACUUUUGAAGAAAUAUUGCAAGAAUGGAAUAUUCCAGCAUUCAAGAUUGUUUGUUUGGUAACCGAUGGAGAAGCAAAUUUACUUGAGAGUGGACAAAUAUGGCCAGGAAAAGGUCGGAAUUUUGUUUGCUUUGCUCAUAGAUUGAAUUUAGCAGUACGGGCAGCUCUUGAAGCAACAACUGAUGUCAUGGCGGUCUUAGAAAAAGUUAAAAGCAUUGUUGAUGCUCUCGUUCGUGAACAAGCUGCCUCAGAUGAAUUGGCAAGAGUAUUCGAACAUGAAGGACAACGUUAUGUUAAGUUGGUGCAGUGUAAUGAUUCACGAUUCACAUCGAUUUAUAAAAUGGUUGAAAGAUUUAUCUCCUGUUAUGAUUUUGUAUCACUGGCUUUGACUCAAUCUUAUGGAGGAGGAAUGGUGACUAGCCAGGAGAAAGACGUUCUCAUGGAUGUGUUAGCAGUAUUGAAACCAUUACAACUUGUUGCUGAUGAAUUGUGUGGAGAGAAAUUUCCUACACUCAGCAAAGUGAUUCCAAUAACAUUGUGCCUGAAAAGAGCUCUGGAGAGUAUUUCACCCAUCACUGACAGUGGUUUGUUGUUAAAACAAGCUUGCUUCGAAACCAUUCAAGCCAAAAUUGGUGAUCCAGAAUUUGCCACUAUUGCUGCAGUUUCCACUAUUCUUGACCCACGAUUCAAAAAUAUCGAUUUUCAGCAUGCCACUGCAUGUUCAAAUGCCCUUCGUAUUGUAAAUGACUACUUGAACACGCGAUCCACGGCAACUGAAGUUCGAGUUGAACAACCGGCUACCCAUUUACUGUGGUCUCAUCAUGACAAAUUGGCCUCGAAUAUUUCUAUCGACCAAUCUUGUAAUAAUUCAUUGCAUCCUUCACUUAAAACAUAUCUUGAAUCACCCAUUUCCCACCGAUUCUCCGAUCCAGUUGCAAUUUGGCAUGAGAUCGGAUUUGACAAGCAUUUAAAAAAUUAUGCCCUUAAGCAUCUAAGCGUUCCUGCAACUUCUGUCUCACCUGAGAUACUUUUUACUAAACAUGGUGAUCUUGUGAGCCAUCGACGGAGCCAAAUUAAACCUAAACGAUUGCAGAGGUUAUUGUUUCUAAACAGUUUGUCGCUUGAUGAGUUGAAAGGAAUCUAGGAAUCCAAACUAAUUUAAUGAAUUUUUAGGGUUUUAGAUUUACAACCUCAACCGCCAUUUUUUGCCUCUCUUUCUGAUAAGGUCGUCCUUAAAAAUCUAUUCAUUUCGCAUGUUGAGUAAUUAAACUAAUUUCACUGUAUGUACAAAAAGAUCGCUUCUUUUCAUAAUAAAAUCAUAAUCUUAAAACAAA